AUGGGCAACCAGGAGGCUAAGCAAAAGAAAGCUGCAGCAGCAUCGGGUAAUGGAAGCUACCCUUCACUAGAUGAAGGAUGGAGAGAGGGAGGAGGGGACAUCACAAAGAAGGGAGGAAAGAAACUCCACGGUAAGCAUGGAGGAGGUGGAGGGGGGCUGCAUGGCACAGGACCAGGAAAGAAGAAAAACAAAUCUGAGACCAAGUCCUCCGUUUUUUCCAUCCGGAAGCGAAAGAGCAACCUGAAAGCGAAAGGUGACCCGUGUUCAUCAGUAACAGGCUCAAAGGAGGACGUGUUAGUCUCUCAACAUGACGAACUGGACACAAAAACACCUGAAAUGUCUGCAGAUGAGCUCGGACCGUCAGACACUGAGGCUGAGAGGAAAAAGAAACCAGAGCCGGGGAAAAAGGAUGAAGAGGCACAGGAGCGUAAGCAGGAGAUGCAGCGGGAAGCCUCGACAGCAGCCACGUCUCCCACAGAGGAUGGAGGGCAGAAGGCGGGGAGCUCCGGGUCCGACACGGAUAUGUACAGCUUCCACUCAGCAGCUGACAACGAGGAUUUGCUAGCGGACAUCCAGCUCGCUAUAAGGCUCCAGCACCAACAGCAGCAUGGGGGAGUUACUGCAAUUGUGGAAGUGCAGGCAGGGGGUGAAAAGGAUCUGAGCUGGGGAGGAGAGGGGAGGAGGAAGCAGAGUAAUGGGGAAGUUAAUUUAACUCCUCCUGAGGAGCUUGACCUUACUCCAGAAUUGGAACUUGGCUCUGAUGCCCUGUCAUUCCUAGAGACGGGACCUCCGACUGGCUCUGUCAAGCACACGGACCAGCAACCCACCCCACACCUCCCCUUCCACACGGAGGUGCACGAGAGGAGGGAGGAGACGGAUGGGGUGGAGCAUCCGGAGCUAAAUGGGCAGAGAGAGAGAGAAGCCUCUCUUUGUGUGGCCACAGGCACAAAGGACCAGCAUGCCUGGGUGCAGCAGCCCCCUCACACAGCCAUCACCAUGGCUACCGCCGGGGGGGCAACAGUCAGCCCGGUCACCAUGACAACCGGUGGUAACAGCUUCCCCGAUGGCACAUUUGACAGUGCUGGGAAACCCACAGUGGGCACAGAGGAUGCAGGAAGUGAAGGAGAGGAAAGGGAGCCCAGGGUGGAUGUAGAUCGCAGUUCCCCACCCGCAGACAGCCACCACAAAAGUCCUGAACUGAGCUCAGGGAACGUGUUCGAAGAAGGUGAGGGUCAGUUGGGCUCGGGUACCAGUGCCGAGUCCCUUGAGGACUGCUUGAGCGCUGGAUCUGAAUCCAACGGCUCUGCUGCUGCUGCUGCCGGCACCAGGGCCUCCCCCUCCAAGCAGUGUAGGAGGAGCAGCGUGUGCUUCACCCCGCUGCCUCCCCAGGAGAGCCCCACACUGGCCAAACGACUCCUCAGGUCCACCCACUCCUCCACCUCCUCCACCUCCUCUAUUCCUAUGGUGAAACCCUACCCUCCCAUCUUCCCUUCCUACAUCAAGACCACCACGAGACAGCUCAGCUCCCCAGCCCUGUCCCCCUCCCACAGCCCCUUGUCCCCGCGCAGAGCCCACCAUCACCUCCACAGGGCGAUGCUCGAGGGCCAUCAGGUCCGCAGGCAGCGCUCUCGAAGCCUCGCCGGGACCCUGAGUCGCUCGGCCGACUGGACGGAGGAGCUCGAGAGGAGGCUGAGGAGCAGAGAGGAGGAUGGAGGAGGUUCGAGGGAAUAUCUGGUGGGCUACAGAGGAGGAGGCAGCCAACCCCUCUGUGCUACCGGAAGAUCGUCCUGCGGGCAGGUUUCUACCUGCGGCUUUCAGGACGUCUUCACAGGUCGAACUCUUCUGGAGAGGCUGUUCCUGCAGCAGCAGCAGCAGCAGCAGCAGCAGCAGGAGGAGCCAGAGGAGGCUGAGAGGCUCUGCUCCAGGAUCUUGGCCAUGGGCCUCCUGUUGCCCUUCACUGACUGCUUCAGAGAGCAGCUGGGAGGCAGCCCCGCCCACAUCAACUCAACAGCAUCAGCCAAGUUCAACCAUGACCAGCUGUAUACGUGGGCAGCAGUUAACCAGCCACCUCACUCCCUGGAUCCCCUUGAAGGGAAACUACCGGGGCCACUUAAGGGCCCCUGGCUUCCAGUCAAGCCAGGUGGAGACAGCAGGACUGUCAUUAAAUCCACAGAGGCAGAAGACAAUCAAGAACACCAUGCAGACAUCUUGGAUUUGACGCAGCAACAGAAGGAGAGUCAAGUGGAGGAACGUGUCCUUCCUUCAACCAAACUGAAGGAAAAACACAUCAACGUCAUCCUGCAGCUGGAACAAACCAUAGAGGAUCUCAGGACUAAGAUCGCUGAGCUGGAGCAACAGCCCCUUCCGCUGGACAAAGACAGUAUGAAACCCACCCCCUCCACCACGGACAGGGAGUGUGGGGGAGAGGAGGGCCUGCUGAGGGUGGUGUGUGACGCUCACCUGCAGACGGAGGCAGCUCCCGCUCCGGGCGGCCUGGAGGCCAAGUCGGUGCAGACCUCGCCCAUGGACGGCGGCUUUAAGUUCAAAGUGCCUUGCGGUGAGCCGGGCGGAGCCAACGACUCCCUGCAGCCUCCGCCGAGGCAGGAUGGCUCCAUGUGUUCAUGUCAGCUGCAGCCUCCACCUCCACCUCCCCUGCCAGGAGGAGCAGGACCUCCUCAUCCUUUACACGGACAGAUUGUGGCACCUCCUCCCCCACUACCUCCUCCUCCGCCACUACCAGGAGGCGCAAUGCCCACUCCUCCACCUCCACCUCCAUUGCCUUUCGGUUCAGCAGGUCCUCCACCUCCACCUCCAUUACCUUUCGGUUCAGCAGGUCCUCCACCUCCACCUCCAUUACCUUUCGGUUCAGCAGGUCCUCCACCUCCACCUCCAUUACCUUUCGGUUCAGCAGGUCCUCCACCUCCACCCCCACCUCCUCCUCUCCCUGGUGGCAUUGCUCCACCUCCUCCUCCAUUACCAGGAACAGGAGCCCCACCUCCUCCUCCACCCCCACCUCCAGGCUGCGGUCCUCCUCCACCCCCUCCUCCACCAGGAGCCUUCGGUGCUCCCCCAGCUCUUCCAGGAGCUCUGGGAUCCCUGCCGCCUCCUCUGCCGUUUGGGCUGUACGCUCUGGGUCUGACCCAGGAGAAGCCAGCCAGGAAGGCUGUGGUGGAACCCCCCAGACCCAUGAAGCCCCUUUACUGGACCAGGAUCCAGCUGAACACCAAAAAGGAGGUUUCUUCUUCAUUGGUGUGGGAGGCAAUCGAGGAGCCCGACAUGGACUUUGAGGAGUUUGUAGAGUUGUUCUCCAAAACAGCUGUGAAGGAGAAGAAGCAGCCGCUCUCCGACACCAUCACCAAGUCCAAGGCCAAACAGGUCGUGAAGCUCCUGAACAAUAAACGCUCUCAGGCGGUGGGAAUUCUCAUGUCCUCCCUUCAUCUUGACAUGAAAGAUAUCCAGCAUGCCAUCCUGAACUUGGACAACACAGUGGUGGACCUGGAGACGCUGCAGGCCCUGUACGAAAAUAGGGCACAACAGGAGGAGCUGGACAAGAUUGAAAAGCACAUCAAGGCCUCAAAAGACAAGGAGAACUCCAAACCUCUGGACAAACCCGAGCACUUUCUCCACCAGCUCUCCCUGAUCCCAAACUUCUCCGGCAGAGUCUUCUGCAUCCUCUUCCAGUCCAGCUUCUCUGAGUGCAUGUCGUCCAUAAUGAGGAAGCUUGACACACUGCAGAAGGUUUGCAAGGCGUUGCAGGACAGUCCGACGGUGAAGCAGGUUCUCGGUCUGGUUCUGGCUUUCGGAAACUUCAUGAAUGGUGGCAAUCGAACCAGAGGCCAAGCGGAUGGCUUCACCCUGGACAUCCUGCCCAAACUCAAAGAUGUCAAGAGCAGCGACGGCAUGAAAAGUCUUCUGGCUUACAUUGUGGCAUACUACCUCAGACACUUCGAUGAGGAUGCUGGUAGAGAGACGUGUGUGUACCCUCUCCCUGAGCCUCACGACCUGUUUCAGUCCUCACAAAUGAAGUUUGAAGACUUUCAAAAAGACCUGAAUCGACUCAAGAAGGACCUGAGAGCGUGUACAUCAGAAGUGGAAAAGGUGUGCAAGGUUUCAGACGAGGGUAACCUGCAGCCCUUUAAAGACAACAUGGAGGACUUCCUUGCGCAAGCUAAAAGUGAACUGGAGACCCUGGAUGCUCAACUCAGCAGCACUCACAAAUUGUUCCUGGAGCUCACAGUGUUCUUCUCCGUGAAGGCCAAGUCAGGAGAAAAGGAGCCUUCACCCAACACUUUAUUCUGCGUAUGGCACGAGUUCUCCUCGGACUUCAAGGACCAGUGGAAGAAGGAGAACAAAGUCAUUCUCAAGGAGAGGUUAAAAGCAGCAGAAGAGUCUUUCCGACAGGCCAAGGAGAAGGCUUCCUACAGCGUCAAACCAAAACACGCCUCUGGCAUCAAAGCCAAGCUUGGCAUGAAGAUUUGA